GCGAUUUUUAUUUAUAGUUUACAUUUAUUUUACAUGAAAAGCUUAUCUAUGCGUCCUUCUAACUGAUCUGGCGUUACCUUCAUAUACUUUGAAGGUGUUUUCGCAAAGUCACCACUCUGGUUUUUACCCCAGAGUGUCGCGUAUGGCGGGAGAAUCAUAGCCUUUGCCUCUUUGUUUAGACGCGUUGACAAUUGUGAAUCACGCUUUCCGACAGGGUGUCGAUUAUGCAAUUUCUCGAGAGCAGCGAAGGCAUCAUUAAACCUACUAAAUUUGUCUUUGAUAAGUUGCUUCUUUUCGGCACUACCUCCCAAUGCAGUUGGUACGUGUGGUCCUUGCGACGUUGUCGACAGCUCAUCCGACGUCAGUGCCACAAGUGCAGGCUUCCAGACAGUGUCUAGGUAGCUGAUACGCGCUGAUCUGAACGCUGCGUUAAGUUCAUCCUCAGCUGGCUCACCUAAUAAAUCACCUAUGUCACGAUUGGAUGGCGAAUCUGUCUUGCUUGGAUCGAGUGAGACUGGUUCGCAGGCUUCUAUUAAAUCUCGACGAAGGAGUGAGAGGUUAUUGAGAACGUAGAUUGAAGAGUACGCGCUAGACUUUACUCUAGUCAGUGAUGAUAUCAAACUAAAUAGAACAUCUCUGAGGUAUCUUUCAAGAAGAGUCUCGCCAUCUGUCGGUACGUUUCUCAUUACUUUAGAUGAUACAUUCCAACCACCAUCACCAAGGCGUUUGAGAUUUCGUUCAACCGUGUCUCCAUAGAUGAGUAUCUCCUUGAGGUAAGUUACGGUCUGAGUUUAUGUUAAUAAAUGCGAUUUAGCACAAUAACACAACGAACAUCAUUAGUGACAUUUGAGACAGACGUCGAAUGCUUUUCUUCACCUGUGUGGCUCUUGAUAUAUUUGAUAAUAUCGGGGAAACUCCUUAAAGUUAUUGAUCUGGCGUUUUCAACUAAAGCUGUGACCUCAUUCUUGCUGGACUGUGUAGAUCUCCUCGUAAUACUCCUCUCCCACUUUUCAGCAAAUGGUGCAAGAGUAUCCAGCAAAUCAAGAACCGCAAAUAUGUGUCUAAGGGGGUUAGAUUUAGCCAAAGAAAAAACGUUCGAUGUGGCACUCUGGAGGAGAGUAAUUGCAGGGGCAACGGCUGUCAAGAAUGGUUUAUUAGCAUCGCCAUUUUCGCCAAAUAAUGCGGUCGCAGAUUGCCAUUCAACGUCAGCCAAUGCGGUUGCACCGUUAAUGAGAGCUGUCACUCUCUGUGAGCCUUUAGCAUAUAUAGAAGCACCCAAUGGGCCUGAUUUAGCGUAUGAAUUGAGUGAGGAUUCAGCUUGCUUGUAGAAUGGCUGGAGCGAGACAUUGAAAUACCUUGCACGCUCACUAGCAUAUAUAAUUGAAGGGUGAGUAUACGAUGGUGGAGGUAAUGUCUUGAUGAUGGGUGAUACAGCCUCGACGAAAGCUGUUAAACGAGUCAUUGCAUGCUGAGGGAUAUCAGGGAAAUCAGCGAAACCCUUGCUGAGACAUUUUUCGGCAUCGACGGGUUUGCUAACAUCGCGCACCCAGCCUUCGAAAACUCUGAGGAGGGAGCGUACACCUUUCUCUACCAUACCGGUAAUUUCCCGAAUAGAAUCUCUAGACGAAGACCACUGGGAGUGCUUCAAGUAUUCGAGCUGAGAAGAAAGAUUGCUGACAACUUUUAAGUAUGGUCUGAUAUCACUAGGAUCUGCGCCAUCGUUUAUCACGGUCUCGUCUUCUCUUGCGAUUGUAGACUGUCUCUGAUCGUUGUCGACUAAAUUCAGGGCUGAUUGGAUAUCUAAAAAGUUAUUAUUAGAAAGUUAAUAGAACAGUUUACUAAGAAUUACUAUUAGAUAGAACGUCCAGUCCAUUGGUAGACGACUGCAGCGGAAUCACAGAAUUAUCAAGUCUAGCCAAGCGUGCGUCCAAAUUCUGCAAAAUAGACGACAUUGACGUCGUGAGGUUCUUAACUUUUAGUAAAUUCUGCUCUAAAAGUUCAACUUCCGCGUAUUCAUCUUGGCUCGAUAGAGACGUCAUGGACGUUGCACCACUACAUCCAACACUGAAGUCAUACUGGCCUGGAGCCCAUAGAGAAACCAUUAGAAAUGGAGACAGAAAUCGCUGGUCCGAUUUUAAGCUUAAACGCUUUCUUAAUAGACGCACCAAACAAGUUCAACAGCGAACAAGAAACAGACGAUCUCCACCCACAUAGGAUUAUACACAGGUACAAGUUGGAUGAUGUCUACAUAAGCUGUAUUAGAUAUUCGGACGACUUUUUCAUUACUGGCCCUGAUAUCUACAAAAUAAUCUCUUUUAAAGUGCGUAAAUUGGGGAGAAUUAUAACAGACAAGCGUAAAUUCAACGAAGGGAUCUCAUCUGAUUUGAGGAAUCUCAAAAUUGGCAUAGACAGUGUUAUAGAAUACAAUGGUAGUACUUUACUCGAUUUGCUCGUUCGUUUUGGAGCAUUACGAACGCUAAAAAAGCAGAAACUGUUCAAAUGGCAUUCAGUUCCACAUGAUAGAAUGUUUCUAGAUGCUUUAGAGCGUGAUUUGAAGCGUGAAGCAGCUGGUACUCCCGGCACAUCGACGGCUAUUGACCCAGCCAGUUUUGCAUUGAGGUACGACCGCGAUGUAUCAUUAAAACAACAAUUCUAUGACCAAGGUCUCGCUGAUAUAUUCCUCCUUCGUAUCAAUAACGGUUCUGAAUUCUACAAGCAGGGUAAAUCACUAAAAAAGCUACUCCAAAAGCGCUCGGCUGUGAGAAACGAGAAAGAUGAUAUUUCACUGUUGAACGAGAUUGAUAAUAUCAAUUUAUCCGAAAAGCGUGCGUUCAAGUGCGAUAUUUGCGACAAAGCGUUUAAGCGAGAUGAACAUCUUCGAAGGCACAAGCGGUCACACACGAAGGAACGGCCAUACGUAUGCGAAAUAUGCCAUAAGUCCUUUACAAGAUCGGACAAUUUGGCCGUUCAUUUCCGGACACAUAACUCCAACGUUAGUAAACCAGUUAUGUAUACGGAUUCUUCGGAUGCGUAUUCAGAAUGCUCUUCGACGUAUAUGUCUUCAAUAGCGAGUUCAGAUUCGGCCAGUCAUUAUUCAUCUAGACCUUCAACAGCCACUCAUUGGACUGACUCUCCUAAUCAUAUACUCGAUCAUCAAGUUUUACUUCCAUUCAGUCAAUCCUACGAACCAUCUUCUGGACCAAUGCGUCGGCAUAGAUCUGAAACUCCAAGUUGCUUGAAUUUGAAUGGAAAUUCUUCAUUCUAUGGAAGUUCUCUACCGACUUACAGUAUGACGACGUAUGAUCCAAUAGAAAACCCAACUGAAAGACUAGACUUGGACUAUAACUAUGCUGUACCACGGACGGCUCAAUCUUUACCUUCCUUUGACGACAAUCGUUUACAACCAUUACCAUACACAGUGGAAACACACGCAAUUCCAACGAUGGUAGGCGAUAUAUGCGAAGAUGAUUUCAGGACGCCCACUGAGAGUCAAUUUGCUUAUCAGCCGCCACCUAUUCCUAUGGAUAACAUCAAGACCCCCACUGAGAGUCAAUUUCGGUAUCAAGUUCCUUCGGUUAAUAUAGAAAAUAAUCAGGGUAUGAUAAACCAACCUGAACCUACUUACUUACCAUAUCAAUACUAUAACACUUAUGAUGGAUUUCAGAGUGUUUAAUUAGCGGCUUAUAUAUUCAAUCUUUUCAGUCUUAAUUACUAAUCUUCACUUUUCAUUUAUUUCACUCUAAUACGUAUCAUUAAUAUCGGACAAUUAAAAUCGAUUGAUAACAUAUCUCUUACUUUUAAAUUUAUUAAUUCUUUACCUUUGAUUCCCUUCUACAUAAUCAAUUCUUAUAUUGAUACCAUUCGCAAUCGUUUACUUUUAUACUAAUUCUACCGAGUAUCAUACAUUUUGC